AUGGAAGGUUUAAGAGAGGUAGCUGAAAAAGAAAUCGAUAGGAUUGCUGAUGAAAUUAACCAUGAAAAACAGGAAUGCAACAAAGAGGAAGAAAUCAAGAAUGAUUCCAAGAAAAAGAAAAGCAGAAAAAGAAAGAAAGUAAAGGGACUCAAGGAUAAGAGGAAAAGAAAAUUUUCUGUAAUGCGAGGGAUCAGGAUGGAAAGGGAAGAUGAACCUCAAGUUAUUGUUGAAGAAACUCAAGAGAAAAACACCCGAAAUUUCAAAGCUGAAACAGAUAAUGCUAAAGCCGUUAAAGAAGAUUCCAAAACCCAUGUGGAGUUUGAAGCCGAACCUAAAGAUAAUGAAGACAAGAAUACAUAA